GCCCGGAACCAGCUGAGCACAGCUGGACCCAGCAGCCGCCGUCGCCAGCGCCAGCGCCGCAGCCGCAGGUACUACUGAUUUCUGUUGCGAAGUACUUCCACCACAGCUACAGCCCCUCCUCCACGGAGCACCUCUUCUCCUUGUCCAGCCCUGGGAGUUCUUGCAGAUACAGCGCUAGGAAAAGGGAGUAAUUCAGGUCUAGAAUGGAAAAACUGUUUUGUUGCUUUCCUGGCAGCAUGGUGGUGGAACACCCUGAGUUUCUCAAGGCGGGGAAGGAGCCCGGCCUGCAGAUCUGGCGUGUGGAGAAGUUUGACCUGGUACCUGUGCCCCCCAACCUCUACGGAGACUUCUUCACGGGCGAUGCCUAUGUCAUCCUGAAGACGGUGCAGCUGAGAAAUGGAAAUCUGCAGUACGACCUCCACUACUGGCUGGGUGAAAAGUGUAGCCAGGAUGAGAGUGGGGCGGCCGCCAUCUUUACCGUGCAGUUGGAUGACUAUCUGCAUGGUCGGGCUGUGCAGCAUCGUGAGGUCCAGGGCUUUGAGUCGGCCACUUUCCUUGGCUACUUCAAGUCUGGCCUGAAGUACAAGGAAGGAGGAGUGGCCUCAGGGUUCAAGCACGUGGUACCUAAUGAGGUGGUGGUGCAGAGACUCUUCCAGGUCAAAGGGCGGCGUGUGGUCCGUGCCACAGAAGUGCCUGUGUCCUGGGACAGCUUCAACAAUGGCGAUUGCUUCAUUCUGGACAUGGGCAAUAACAUCUACCAGUGGUGCGGUUCCAACAGCAACCGAUUUGAAAGACUGAAGGCCACACAGGUGUCCAAGGGUAUUCGGGACAACGAGAGGAGUGGCCGGGCCCAGGUUCACGUGUCUGAGGAAGGUGCUGAGCCUCAGGAGAUGCUGCAGGUGCUGGGCCCCAAGCCAGCUCUGCCUGAAGGCACAGAGGACACAGCCAAGGAGGACGCCGCCAACCGCAAGCUGGCCAAGCUGUACAAGGUCUCCAAUGGCGCAGGCACCAUGUCUGUCUCCCUGGUGGCGGAUGAGAACCCCUUUGCCCAGGGGGCCCUGAGGUCCGAGGACUGCUUCAUCCUGGACCACGGCAGGGACGGGAAGAUCUUCGUCUGGAAAGGUAAGCAGGCAAACACGGAGGAGAGGAAGGCUGCCCUCAAAACAGCGUCUGACUUCAUCUCCAAGAUGAACUACCCCCGGCAGACCCAGGUUUCAGUUCUGCCUGAGGGCGGGGAGACCCCACUGUUCAAGCAGUUCUUUAAAAACUGGAGGGACCCGGACCAGACAGACGGCCCGGGCUUGGCCUAUCUCUCCAGCCACAUCGCCAACGUGGAGCGCGUGCCUUUUGAUGCUGCCACCCUGCAUACCUCCACCGCCAUGGCCGCCCAGCACGGCAUGGAUGAUGAUGGCACAGGCCAGAAACAGAUCUGGAGAAUCGAAGGUUCCGACAAAGUGGCUGUGGACCCUUCCACCUACGGGCAGUUCUAUGGUGGCGACAGCUACAUCAUUCUGUACAACUAUCGCCACGGUGGCCGCCAGGGACAGAUCAUCUACAACUGGCAGGGCGCCCAGUCUACCCAGGAUGAGGUUGCUGCGUCUGCCAUCUUGAGUGCUCAGCUGGAUCAGGAGCUGGGAGGUACCCCUGUCCAGAGUCGUGUGGUGCAGGGCAAGGAGCCCGCUCACCUCAUGAGCCUGUUUGGCGGGAAGCCCAUGAUCAUCUACAAGGGUGGCACUUCCCGAGAUGGUGGGCAGACAGCCCCUGCCAGUACCCGCCUCUUCCAAGUCCGGGCCAGCAGCUCAGGAGCCACCAGAGCCGUGGAGGUAAUGCCCAAAGCUGGUGCCCUGAACUCCAAUGAUGCCUUUGUGCUGAAGACCCCCUCCGCUGCUUAUCUCUGGGUGGGCACAGGCGCCAGCGAUGCUGAGAAGACAGGGGCCCAGGAGCUCCUGAGGGUGCUGCGGGCCCGGCCCACGCAGGUGGCAGAAGGAAGCGAGCCUGACAGCUUCUGGGAGGCUCUGGGAGGGAAGGCAGCCUACCGCACAUCCCCACGGCUGAAGGACAAGAAGAUGGACGCCCAUCCUCCUCGCCUCUUUGCCUGCUCCAACAAGAUUGGACGUUUCGUGAUCGAAGAGGUCCCUGGUGAGCUCAUGCAGGAAGACCUGGCCACGGAUGACGUGAUGCUAUUGGACACCUGGGACCAGGUGUUCGUUUGGGUUGGAAAGGAUUCUCAGGAAGAAGAAAAGACAGAAGCUUUGUCUUCUGCUAAGCGGUAUAUCGAGACGGACCCCGCGAAUCGGGACCGGCGGACCCCCAUCACCGUUGUGAAGCAGGGCUUCGAGCCUCCCUCCUUCGUGGGCUGGUUCCUGGGCUGGGAUGACCAGUACUGGUCCACAGACCCCUUGGAUAGAGCCUUGGCUGAGCUGGCUGCCUGAGGAGGGGCACGAGCCCUCAAUAUCACCAGUCAGUGCCUUUUGGAACUGUUCAUCUCCCAAAGACCUCAUGGUGAGCAGGCCCACGCUGGGAUGUUUGUGUGUGUGUGUUCGGAUUUGUUUUGUUUUGUUUUAUAGUAGCCAAAAAUAGCCCUGCAGUCAUUCAGGGUUCUUGUAAAACCAUCUGAACUUGCUGUGCUUUGGAAAUGAAAUCCAAUAAAAGCCUUUUGAAGUGUGUU